AUGCCAAAAUCACAUUGCUUAACACCUUAUAUAGAAAUUCUCAAAGAAAAAGCAAAUAAUUAUAAUUAUAAAGCAAUUUGCUUGGCAUGUAUUGAAUUUAAAAGAAAAGUAUAUACACUCGAAGAAAAAUUUACAAAUACCAAAAAAUGUUGUUGUGAUCAUUUUAAAAAAUGUUUUUGGUUUAAACAAAAAUAUGAAGAACAAGCAACAAAAAUAAUUGAUAAUACUGAUAGUGAAAAUACAAUGCAACGACGAUAUAAAAGAUCUCGUAUUAUUUAUAAUGAAGAUAAUGAAUCUGAUAGUUUCGAUGAAUUUAAUUCAUUAUCGAAUAAUACUUCUAAUUCAACUUCUAAAAAAUUAAAAGAUAAACUUUUUCGGUUCAUUAAUUCUGCAAUUAAACUACCACCACGAAGAACAUUAAGUAGAAUAAUCUUAUCAAAUACAUCUAAUCAUUUGGUUAAUAAAAUUCAGCAAAAAGCUCAAAAUAAUAUCUAUG